CCCGGGUGCUCGGCCGCCCGGGCCGCGCUUGCCCCCGGCAGCUCCGCCCGCCGCGCUUCCUGCGGCUCGGACUGGGGCUCUGGCGGGAGGGACGAUGCCACCGCGCGAGUCACGGAAGGCCGCGGUCCUGGGCUACUGGCGUCGCGGAAAUUGAAAAUGGCCCAUCAGCUAUGCUAGGUCUAUAAUGGGAAGUGCCACAGUUCGAUACUUCUGUUAUGGGUGCCUUUUUACAUCCGCGACCUGGACAGUUUUACUUUUUGUUUAUUUCAACUUCAGUGAAGUGACUCAGCCACUUAAGAAUGUGCCCAUCAAGGGGUCUGGGCCCCACGGACCAUUUCCAAAAAAAUUCUAUCCGCGUUUCACUCGAGGUCCAAGUCGAGUAUUAGAGCCACAGUUCAAAGCGAACAAAAUUGAUGAUGUGAUAGAUGGUCAUAUUGAAGAUCCAGAAAAAGGCCACCUGAAAUUCUCUUCUGAAUUAGGUAUGAUUUUUAAUGAACGCGAUCAGGAAUUGAGAGACUUGGGCUAUCAGAAACACGCCUUUAAUAUGCUUAUCAGUAACCGCUUGGGCUACCAUAGGGAUGUGCCGGACACAAGGAAUGCCGCAUGUAAAGAACAGUCCUACCCGACUGACCUGCCAGUUGCUAGUGUUGUUAUUUGUUUCUACAAUGAAGCUUUUUCCGCCUUGCUGCGGACAGUGCACAGCGUCAUAGACCGCACUCCAGCACAUCUUCUUCAUGAAAUCAUCCUCGUGGAUGAUGAUAGUGACUUUGAUGAUUUGAAAGGAGAACUAGAUGAAUAUGUUCAAAAAUACCUCCCUGGAAAAAUUAAAAUAAUAAGAAAUACAAAGCGUGAGGGAUUGAUUCGCGGAAGAAUGAUCGGAGCAGCCCACGCGACAGGAGAAGUGCUCGUGUUCCUGGACAGCCACUGUGAAGUGAACAUGAUGUGGCUGCAGCCCUUGCUGGCCGCCAUCCACGAGGACAGGCAGACCGUGGUGUGCCCGGUGAUCGACAUCAUUAGCGCUGACACCCUGGCCUACAGCUCGUCCCCUGUUGUCCGUGGAGGGUUCAACUGGGGACUGCACUUCAAAUGGGAUCUUGUUCCCCUUUCUGAGCUAGGAGGAGCAGAAGGAGCCACUGCACCCAUAAAGUCACCUACAAUGGCUGGAGGAUUAUUUGCCAUGAACAGACAGUAUUUCCAUGACCUUGGGCAGUAUGACAGUGGCAUGGAUAUCUGGGGAGGAGAAAAUUUAGAAAUAUCAUUUCGGAUCUGGAUGUGUGGAGGGAAGCUCUUCAUCAUCCCUUGCUCCAGAGUGGGACACAUUUUCCGGAAAAGGCGACCCUAUGGCUCUCCUGAAGGCCAGGACACCAUGACACACAACUCUUUGAGGCUGGCACAUGUCUGGUUGGAUGAAUACAAGGAGCAGUAUUUUUCCUUAAGACCCGAUCUCAAGACUAAAAGCUAUGGAAAUAUCAGUGAGCGUGUUGAAUUGAGGAAGAAGUUGGGUUGCAAAUCAUUUAAAUGGUAUUUGGAUAAUAUUUACCCAGAGAUGCAGAUAUCUGGGCCUCAUGCCAAACCCCAGCAACCCAUUUUUAUCAACAGAGGGCUGAAACGUCCCAAAGUCCUUCAACGUGGAAGGCUCUAUCACCUCCAGACCAACAAAUGUUUGGUGGCCCAGGGGCGACCGAGUCAGAAGGGAGGCCUAGUAGUGCUUAAGGCCUGUGACUAUGGUGACCCAAAUCAGAUCUGGAUUUAUAAUGAAGAGCAUGAAUUGGUUUUAAAUAAUCUCCUGUGUCUAGAUAUGUCAGAAACUCGCUCAUCAGACCCACCACGGCUCAUGAAAUGCCACGGGUCAGGAGGGUCCCAGCAGUGGACCUUUGGGAAAAAUAAUCGGCUAUACCAGGUGUCAGUUGGACAGUGCCUGAGAGCGGCGGAUCCACUGGGUCAGAAAGGCUCUGUUGCCAUGGCAAUCUGUGAUGGCUCCUCCUCACAGCAGUGGCAUUUAGAAGGCUAAGGUGGGCGCCGUGGCUGGAAUGGGGGUUCACUGGGCUUUGCUUCCUCUGUGAACCAUCUUGGAGAGAUGACCAUUUCCCUGUCCUGGACAUGGCAGAUCGGAGAGACCACAGGUGAAGAAGUGUGUUUCACCAAGACAUUAAGCAUCUUGGAGAGAUGACCAUUUCCCUGUCCUGGACAUGGCAGAUCGGAGAGACCACAGGUGAAGAAGUGUGUUUCACCAAGACAUUAAGCAUCUUGGAGAGAUGACCAUUUCCCUGUCCUGGACAUGGCAGAUCAGAGAGACCACAGGUGAAGAAGUGUGUUUUACCAAGACAUUAAGAUCAUUUUUGAGCUGCUAGUAAAGAAUUUCUUGAUUAUAGAGGGAAAUCAGAAUAUAAUUUUAAAGACUUAGGUUUGUGCAGAAGGACAAAACCCAAGAAAUGGACAUUUCUAUUCAAAUUUAUUUAUGCCUCUUUUUACAUUUCCUUUAACGGAAUGGUUUUUAUCUGAUCAGGAACUUAGAAGACUUCAUAAGAGACAAUUUGUUUUACUUCUAUCAUUUGUUUAAUAUGUUCUAAAUAGAUAAUUUAAAGAAACUGAAUCCACAUUACUUUUCGCUUCAGAAGGCAUCAUUUAUAAGGCAAUAUUUAAGAGGCAGUUGACUAUUAUAAAUUAUUUUGAUGAAUUAUUAUGAUACUAUCUAUAUUGAAAAUAAAGGAUCCUCUUGAGUAUUUAA